ACUUAUUGACGAAUAUUAAUCUUAGGGUGAUGAUAGAAGUAUAGAGUAAUAUGCCAGGUGGAAGCGAAUUGACCAAAUUAAACGAUGAGGACUUGGGAAGCGAACCCGAUAAAGUAUUUAAUCUAUUAUGUAAAAUUGGCAGAGGGUCGUAUGGAAGCGUCUACAAAGCAGAGCACAUACAAUCCGGUCAAAUACUGGCCAUAAAACAAGUUCCUGUUGACACAGAUCUUGCAGAAAUCAUUAAAGAAAUAUCUAUCAUGCAACAAUGCGAUAGCCCUUUUAUCGUUAAGUACUAUGGAUCUUAUUUCAAGAAUACUGAUUUAUGGAUUGUUAUGGAAUACUGCGGUGCUGGUUCAGUCUCUGAUUUGAUGAGAACCCGAGCCAAAACGCUAAAAGAAACAGAAAUUGCUACAAUUUUAUCCUAUACCCUUAAAGGGUUGCAAUAUUUACACGAAAGACGGAAAAUUCAUCGAGAUAUUAAAGCAGGAAAUAUACUUUUAAACAAUGAAGGCCAAGCAAAAUUGGCCGAUUUCGGUGUGGCUGGUCAAUUAACGGAUACCAUGGCUAAAAGGAACACUGUUAUUGGUACUCCUUAUUGGAUGGCUCCAGAGGUUAUUCAGGAAAUAGGAUACGAUUGUGGUGCCGAUAUAUGGAGUCUUGGUAUUACAGCUCUUGAAAUGGCGGAAGGAAAACCUCCGUACGGAGAUAUACAUCCUAUGAGAGCCAUAUUUAUGAUUCCUACGAAACCACCGCCGUCAUUUCGUGAACCGGAUAAAUGGAGUCAAGAGUUUAUAGACUUUGUUCUAAAAUGCCUAGUUAAAAGACCAGAAGACAGGGCGACAGCAAAUGAACUAUUAGAGCAUGAAUUCAUUAAAACCAAAGCUGGUCCAGCUUCGUGUAUGGAGAAGAUCAUUCAAGAGGCUAAAGACAUUUUAGAAAGGCACGAGGAGAACGUAGCGACCAAUCCAAUUGAUGUUACAGAAGUGAGUCUCUUAAAUAGAAUAUAUACUUGGACUAUCGUUCCACAAGACGCCGAUAAUGAUACAAUGGUAUCGCAAAGUGACACAAUGGUCGAAUUAGAGUCAGCUGCUGGUACAAUGAUUAUAAAUAGCGACUCGGAGGAGGACGAUAGUACUAUGAAAAAAAAUGAUGAUAAAACCGGUAGCAGUAAAAAUUAUCAACCUCAGUAUCUAGCUCAUUUUAAUAAAGGAAUUUCUGUGAAAGAAAAACCGAGUGAGACUGUUGUGAAAGAAGCUUCUCCUGCAUCCAAUGUAGUUGCGGCAGCACCUGUCCAAGCUUCACAAGCCGCUGCUGCAGCAGCAGCGCCGGCAGCAGCUCCAGCCUUUAGACCUUUUGACGAAGACUACGAUUUCUUGAAAAAUUUAUCUUACUCUGAAUUGCAAGAACGAAUGAACAGAUUAGACCCAGAUAUGGAACAAGAAUUGAACGAACUACACCAGAGAUACGUAUUGAAACAGCAACCGAUAAUUGCUGCUAUCAAUGCGAAGAAGCGAAAGAUUCAAAAUUUUUAA